ACUGGGUGGCGCUGAGCCGGCGGGGCCGAGGCGAUGGCUUCCUGGAGCGCGCCUUCUCCCAGCCUCGUAGAGUAUUUUGAGGACCGGUCCUUUUUCCACUGUGGCUAUUGCAAGAAUAAGUCGGGCAGUCUCUCCCAUGGACCUUACUAGGUAGCCUGGUUGCCCUGGAAUGCAGAGAUCCACAAGACUCACCUGUUUCUGCUUCUGGAGUACUGGAAUUAAAGGCAUGUGGGCACAUUCCAUGACAGUGCAGGAUUAUCAGGAUCUUAUAGACCGAGGAUGGAGAAGAAGUGGGACGUAUGUGUACAAGCCUGUCAUGAAUCAAACAUGCUGUCCUCAGUAUACAAUAAGGUGUCAUCCUUUACAGUUUCAGCCAUCAAAAUCUCACAAGAAAGUUUUGAAAAAAAUGCUGAAAUUUCUGGCUAAAGGGGAGAUUUCGAAAGACAGUUGUGAGGAUGAGCCCAUGGAUUCUACAAUGGAGGAUGCUGUUGCUGGUGACUUUGCAUUAAUAAACAAGUUGGAUAUAAAGUGUGAUCUUAAAACACUCAGCAGUGAUCUCAAAGGAAGCAUAGAGAGUGAAGAGAAGAAGAAAGAAAAAAGUUUAAAGAAAGAAGGAUCUAAAGAAUUAAUUCAUCCACAAGCUAUAGAGGAGAAGUUGGGCUCUGGUGAACCAUCACAUUCAAUCAAAGUUCAUAUUGGUCCUAAGCCAGGUAAAGGGGCUGAUUUGAGUAAGCCUCCAUGUCGAAAAGCAAAGGAAAUGCGGAAAGAAAGGAAAAGGUUAAAACUCAUGCAGCAAAACGCAGCUGGAGCCUUUGAGGGUUUCCAGGCUCAAGGUCAGCCAGCGUCUUUGCUACCGAAGGCUAAAUCCAAUCAGCCCAAGUCACUUGAAGAUUUAAUUUUUGAAUCUUUACCAGAGAAUGCAUCACACAAGUUAGAGGUGAGGGUGGUGAGAUCUUCUCCACCAAGUCCUCAGUUCAAAGCCACAUUUCAGGAGUCUUACCAGGUCUAUAAGCGUUACCAGAUGGUUAUUCACAAGGAUCCACCUGAUAAACCAACUGUGAGCCAGGUGAGGCUAGUACCUGCCUCCUUUGAGGACCCAGAGUUCAAGUCAUCCUUCCACCAGUCCUUUUCUCUAUAUGCCAAGUAUCAAGUGGCCAUCCACCAGGAUGCACCUGUUGAAUGUGGAAAGACUGAGUUCACAAGAUUCCUUUGCAGCUCACCAUUGGAGGCAGAGCACCCUGCUAAUGGACCGGAGUGCGGUUAUGGCUCCUUUCACCAGCAGUACUGGCUCGAUGGGAAGAUCAUUGCUGUGGGUGUGAUAGACAUCCUCCCAUACUGUGUGUCUUCAGUGUAUCUGUACUAUGAUCCUGAUUAUUCAUUUCUGUCUUUGGGUGUCUAUUCAGCAUUAAGAGAAAUUGCUUUUACUAGACAACUGCAUGAGAAAACAUCGCAGCUCAGCUAUUACUAUAUGGGUUUCUACAUUCAUUCCUGUCCCAAGAUGAGAUACAAGGGUCAGUAUAGACCUUCUGAUUUGCUGUGUCCUGAGACGUAUGUCUGGGUUCCCAUCGAGCAGUGCCUCCCUUCUCUUGACAACUCCAAGUACUGCCGUUUCAACCAGGACCCACAAGCAGAGCACUCCAGUUUGAGUCCCAGCAUUCCCAUGAUGGCUUACAACCGUCCGUACCUCCAGAUCCUGGAGAUUUUCCACCGUCUUCUGGCUUCUGCAGGCAUCAGGGACACAGUGGAUGAAGGACGCUGUAAGGACCUUGACCGAGUACGAGUAUUUCACAGGCGAGCGGCUAUGCCUUACGGUGUUUAUAAAAACCACCAAGAAGACCCGAGUGAGGAGGCCGCUGUGCUAGAGUAUGCAAACCUUGUGGGGCAGAAGUGCUCGGAGAGGAUGCUGCUGUUCAGACAGUGAAGAGCUGCACCACAGCCCAGCACCAGCCUGGGCACUCUUGUCACAGUCCCGCCGUGUCUCAGCUCCUGCAGCCACUCACCAAGUACAUUCUUAGAGCUUUUAAAAAGUAUUUUGUGGAGUUGUAUUUAUGAGAAUCUUGUGAUUAAUAUAAAGAUUUUAAAAUACAUGAUGAUCUAGCCCCUUAAUCGGGACUUGUCCUUUUGAAGUUUCCUUCUGGAGCAAGGUGUGCUAAAUGUCUCCAGUAAAUACUUUAGGGAGAAAAGUGAAGAAGUGAAUCUAAGUAAUUUCCUCACGUUGCUGUUUUUGUCUUGGAAUUCUAACACAGAGACAGUUUACUUAGACCAGUGGUUCUCAACCUGUGAGUCUCGAACCCUACAGGGGUUGUAUAUUGGAUAUUUACAUUGUAAUUCAUAAUGGUAGCAAAAUUACAGUUAUAAAUAACAAUGAAAUAAUUUUAUGGUUGGAGGUCACCACAACAUGAAGAACUGUAUUACAGGUAGGCAGAAUUAGGAAGGUUGAGAACCAUUUACUUAGACCCACGCAAGAUGUUAGCUCAUGCUGGGAAAUUUAGGUGGGGCCAAAAGUGAAGAGCACUUCCAUCACUAGGAAAUAUGUCUUCCCCACAAACCAAAACUCUGUUACCCUAUUCGAUAUUAAAUUCUGCCAGUGUUACAGUGUGUCAUUAAUAAACAACCUGAAAAGGAAAUGUAAACAUUGCAAAGAUCUGGUAUUCACAUUGGGUGUAUGUCCAUGAUGGUCCUGCUAUGUCUUUUGUGUUGGCAUAAUAGUUUCCCUGUUGCUAGUGUUCCCUUGUGCACCAGAGGAUGAUAAAAUAUGCAAUGACCUUAGUGGUGUUUGUGCUAUUUCUACAAAUCUAAGAAACAACAUUUUAAAGAAACAUAGUAACUCCUGCUUGAUCUGAGGCUUAUCCAAAGAAAAUAGGUACCUACUUUCCAUUCCCUGGAACUCAGGACACUUUUCUGUGGUUAGUGAUAGAAGGGGUUAGUCCUGUAGCUACGCACAAGCCAUAGUGGAGCUGGUGGGGCCUAUGGCAUGUGUGUCAGAGAAUGGGCACUGCCAUGGGACUUGAACCUGGAGGCUAGCCACUUUCACUCUUGUACGGUUGGGCCUUUUUGCCUGUUAGGUGGUGGGUAGCCGGCUGGUUAAAGAGACACAUCAGACAUGGUGAGGGGAGGCUCCCCUGAGUGUGUUGGAAGCUGGAGGAACAUAUUAGCUCUUUGUUUGUACUUAUCUGUAGCUGGUCCCUUCUGCUCCUACUUGCUUGGCUACCUAGUCUUUUUAGCCCCAUUUUUCUUUCUUUUAUUGAUUUUCUUAAAGCCAUAUUGUAACACUUGUAGUUUGAAUCCCAAUACUCAUUUUAAACUUUUACCCCAAAUACACUGAACUUAAGUAAAACAUUAAAUAGUAAUCUUUAGCUAGUUAGAAUAAAGGGAUGAUAAAAGAUUUAAAAAUUCCAACAUCCAUGUAAACUCUUUAUAACGUGUGUGUGGGGUGUUGGUGGUGGUGGUGAACUGUUGUAUGACAUGUUUUUUGCUAUCAGGGAUAGCGUCAGAAGAAAGCCAUUCUCUGAUUGCCAAGAUCUUACAUUCUUCUGGAUUUGUGACCUAUGAAAUAGUCUCCUGAGGACGUUUAAGAGAGCCAACUUGGAACUGUCCUACAGUGAGGGUAGUGUUACUUUUUUUCUUUUUAUAAAAAUUAUUCCAUAUUAAGCAACUAAAAUGCUAAAAAUUAAAAGGCAUCUGAAAUCCUACCAAGCUAGAGGAACAUUGUAUAAACCCACACAGCACUAGUUUGCCCCAAAUAAAAUCACUCCUUGCUGUUCAGUUGCCCUCAAUGGCAACUUGUGAAUAUAUAUGAGAUUGAAGAUUGUAGAAAAUGUGAUAGGUAGUCUCAGUAUUAUUAAGUAGAGUGGGUCAGUAUAUAUGCCCUUGGCACUGGGUAGCCAGGCACACUGCAUCCCACGUUUCUUUGUGAGUGGUAUAUCCAUGGUACUGAAAGGUGGGAAGAGAAUUUCAGCCCAAUAUCUUAUCCCAGUUCUGAGUUCCUCCUGAAGAGUUUAGAGGGAAGUAGUUCAUUGUCCCUGUUUCUACACUGAUGAGCCACCCCAGGGUGGCCCCAGUGACACUUCAGAGCAACUGGGGCAUGAAAAUUCUUCAGCUCAGUUGCUAUGUUCUCCCCCCCCACACACACACACACACAUACUCCAAUUUAUUUAUUUUUUUUUAAUAGUAUGAAUCUUAGGAGUCUGUAUAUUGUCAAAGAUGUGUACUUGGGUGGGGCUGAGGAGAUAGCUCAGUUCAGUGUUUGCCUGGCAAAGCUUAAGGACCUGAGUUCAGGUCUGUAGAACUCAUGUAAAAAUUCUGUGUCUGGUAGUGUGUGUGUGCUUAAAAUCCCAGCACUGGGACAUCAGAGGAGCAUCCCUCAGGUCCACCAGCCUACUGAGCAAGCAUCAAGCCACUGAGAGACCCCAUCUAAAAGGAGGUAAACUGCAUUCCUGAGGAUGACAGCCAGUGUCCACACAUGAGGUUAAAAGGAUGCGUGCUUAUGUUUUGAGCUCUCGAGUGUGCGGUACAGCUGGUAUAGGGCAGUCAAGGCAGGUAUCCCAACUUUGCGUUGUGCAAAAGUCUGUCUGAGAUACGGAGUCUGUGUCAGUGGCUUUCAUCUAAACAAAGACACAUGGAGCUUUUUCAGAGACUUUUCUAUCUUCUCCAGGCAAGAAGCUAUGCAUGUUCCAUCUCCUUGCUUUAGUCCCCUUCUGAGUUCAGGUAGUCACCCUCCCUCCAUGCCUGACAGCACAGACAUUAUUUUGAUUCUCAGUGUACUGUCUUUAUUUAAAUUAUUUUCAGUUCUCUGAGACUUUUGUUAUUUUUAUUACAGAUAAUCUGAGCACUUUUAUAUUCUAAGAUAGAGGCUAUAUUAUCAGAUGAAUAUAUUCACUCAAUUGAAAUUAUUUAGAUAAAAGAAAUUAUUGUUUAUGUUUUCUUUCAAGCAGUCUAUCCUAUUUUUAUCCAUUUACAAAUGCCAGUUUUGUGUGGUUUCUCAGCAUAUCAAAAUUAUUAUGUAAAAGAACCUUUCCAGCUUUCUGAACAGCAGAUAGUUUGGUUUAUAAAUAUUGUAUUUCAGUACGAAUAAAGGUGAAAGAAUACGAUCACUUACCCGAAAUGAUUUUACUGUGGCUGACUUAGAAGGAAAUGAAGUGGGAACUUGAAAUGUUUGAAUUACAAGUUAUUCAAAUGUGUGUUUCUUUCCUAAGGAAACCAAUGACUAUAAGACAAAGUAAGUGUGAUUGCAUUCAAUAUUUUUGCUCUUCUAAAAAAGCCCAAAAUGAAAAAAAUAAAGCUGUUUCUAUCUGCA